AUGAAUAACAAUAGUCAAAUGGGGGCCUAUUCGGCCGGUUUCUCGUGGGGUUUCAAAUCCGCAACAGUCGUAAAGAGCCCGCAACAAGAAGACGAAGGAGCUGUUGCUCAACUACUUCGAGAGGACGCUAAUGCUAAAAGAAGGUCCAAGAGGGCAUUUACUGGUAGUGAGGAGGAAGAGCAACAAAGUUCCUCGCAGAGUUCAAACGUGCACAGAAAGUAUAUGAUCUCCAAGAGGAAAUCCAACCUCUCGUCGACGAUUCAGGGACAACCGCUGCCCAUACAGAGAGGAUUAGAACUUAUGAGCAAAGAACAAUUACAGAACGUACUUAUGGAAGUUUUGAAGGAUCAUCCCCAAACACAACAAAUGGUAAGCAGUAGGAUCAUGGGAUUCAAUUUCAGUAUAGAAAAAUGCUCAGAACUACUCAAAACCAAACUGGAGGCUCUAUAUGGGAGCGUACCCUACAGCAGAUCAUAUGAAAUGAAUAGUUUAGACGACUAUGCAUUCGUCAGAAUGAAACCAUACAUUUUAGAGUUUUUGAACUGUCUGAUCGAUUGCAUACUGGAUCAAAUACCUCCAAGAGUGGAGAAUUUACACACUUCCCUAAAAUUCCUAGAUGAAUGUACCGAUAUGGUGACUCACCUGCCAAGAUUCCAACUUGCUAGCAAUAAUUAUUAUUACGACAAAUGCCUCGAGCAAGUAUCCUACGUAUGGUGCACGGUGAUCGAGCACAUUGCCAGAGACGUAAUAAUGGCUUUUAACGACGAGGCUCUACUAGGCAGUUGGGUGCAGAAACUCGAAGUUUACAACGAUCUAUCAAACGGAAUGUUAAGUCGCCCAUUGCAGCUUUUUAAAUCGCUCCACUGUGUGGAAGAUGGUGCACCAAGUUCGACAAGAAACCCACAAACGUUUUCAAGCAACGGAGCAGUCGCUUAUAAACCAUAA